AUGAGAUUUAAGUUCAUAAAGUUGUCGCAGUGUGUAGUCGAAGAAAGCCAAGCGUUCUUAAUUACAGCGGACUAUUUUACGGCAUGUUACUCAAGAAUGCCGCGACAACGCAUAAGGACUACCACACGAGGAACUACUGACAUGGAAGUGUACCGAAAAGCAGCUGAAGAACAUGCCAAAGAUGGUACAAAAAUUAGAUCCCUGGCAAAAAAAUAUAAUGACUAUUUGAUCGAAUGCUCUGGAGUUUACUUUGGGUUGUCUCCACCUGAAGUACGAAAAUUGGCAUAUGAGUUGGCGAUAAAAAACGGAAAAUCAUUUCCUGAAAAGUGGCACGAUACACAAAUGGCUGGUAAGGAAUGGUUGGCGGGUUUUUUAAAGCGACAUCCGAGCCUCUCUUUGAGAUGUCCGCAAGCAACAAGCCUGUCGCGGGCCUCCAGUUUCAAUGAACAUAACGUGAGUAAGUUUUAUGAUAACCUUGCUAAUGUAAUGGAUAGGUAUAAAUUUGAGCCAAACGAUAUCUGGAAUAUGGAUGAGACAGGGGUGACCACUGUCCAAAAACCUAGUAAAAAUCAAAAAGGAGUUAAACAAGUAGGCGCAGUAACCUCAGCAGAACGUGGGAGAUUAGUAACUGUUGCUAUAGCGAUUAAUGCUCAAGGAGGACACAUACCUCCUUUUUUUGUAUUCCCAUUGAAGCGAUACCAAGACCACAUGAUACGUGAAGGUCCUGUUGGUUGUGCCGGAGCUGGCAAUGCUAGUGGAUGGAUGCAGGAAGCAGAAUUUUUACUAUUUCUAGAACACUUCAAAAAACAAGUCAAGCCGACAGUAGAUCAAAAAUGCUUGUUACUGCUCGACAACCAUGCAUCACAUAUAUCUAUAGCUCUAGAUUUUGUAAAAAGAAUGGAAUAG